CCUCCUCUAAGGGGGCGUUCCCCCUCUGUAGCUCUGUGGCUCAUUUCACCGGGCUGCUCAGAGGACAGCGGGUCGCAGAGGAGCGGUGCAGCUGGUCCGGCUGGGCAGAAACGAGCAGCGAUGUUGGAAAAGAGCGACUGUUUAAUUUAACGAGUGUCUGAGAACAAAUGUGAGAGGUAGAGGAGCCGGCUCGCGGUGAACCCAGAUGUGCCGUGCCUCUCCUGGCUGUAGCGUCCGUCUUUGUUAGCCUCUUCACUCCCAACAUGGAUCGUUCAGAGAAGGAGAGCAGGUCGGAUGAAGAAGCCGAUUAUGAAGACGAGGAGGUGGACCCCAGAAUCCAGGGAGAGCUGGAGAAACUCAACCAGGCCAGUGACGACAUCAACAGAUGUGAAACAGAGCUGGAGGAUGCACGGCAGAAGUUCCGCUCUGUUCUGGUGGAAGCCACAGUGAAGCUGGACGAACUGGUGAAGAAGAUCGGAAAAGCUGUGGAGGAAUCCAAGCCGUACUGGGAGGCCCGCCGGUUGGCCCGACAGGCUCAGUUGGAGGCUCAAAAAGCCACUCAGGACUUCCAGAAAGCCACGGAAGUUCUGCGUGCGGCGAAGGAAACCAUCUCUCUGGCCGAGCAGAGGCUCCUGGAGGACGACAACCGGCAGUUUGACUCGGCGUGGCAGGAGAUGCUGAACCACGCCACACAGAGGGUAAUGGAAGCAGAACACACCAAGACCAGAAGUGAGCUUUUACACAAAGAGACGGCGUCCAAAUACACGGCAGCUACCGGCCGCAUGAAGCAGCUGGAGAAGAAGCUGAAACGAACCAUCAGCAAGUCCAAGCCCUACUUCGAGAUGAAGGCAAAGUAUUACCUGCAGCUAGAGAACCUGAAGAAGAUCGUGGACGAGCGGCAGGCCAAACUGUCUCAGGCCAAAGGCGAGUACAAGGCAGCCCUCAAAAAACUGGAGACCAUAUCGGACGAGAUCCACGAGCGUCGCCGCAGCAGCUCUGUGAUGGGCCCCCGGGGGUCUGGAGUCGGAGCGGAGCGCGACAGCGUCUCUGGAGACGACAUUUCCAACUUUAAGAUGGAGUCAGACGGAAUCUCCAUGGCGUCGGAGUGUUUUGACGAUGACCCGUGUGGGGGAGGCAGCAUCGUAUCGGAGGAAGACUCCGAGACUCGCUCCACCAGCAGCGUGGGUUCAUCUCCCAGCAGCCCUCAGGAGCUCCUGUCCCCCUGUCCUUUCGUCAGCUCCUACUCUUCCUCCUGCAUGUCGUCCUCUGACUCUCCAUCGCCCACACCGUCCUCCUCUUCCUCCUCGUCCUCCCCGGCUCCCAUGUCUCGACCCUGCAGCCUGGACCUCCCCAGCACCGUGUCUCUGUCGGACUUCGGCCUGAUCUCGCCCGUCCUGGGACCCCGCAGCGCGUGCAGUGGGGCGUCGUCACCCGAGUGUGACCUGGAAAGAGGCGACAGAGCAGAGGGUGCAGAGGGGGUCCUGGACAACGCUCCACCUGCCAACAACAACAUCCUGACCUCCAGCACUAAGAGGAGCUUCAGCCUGGAGACCCGCUUCAGCUUUCUGAACCUGCGCCGCCCGCGAACCAACGGCACCAGAAACGUGGACAGCUGCUCCCAGAAGAUGGAGGCGGGCUCAACCGUGGUUCUGCUCAAAGGAGUCUGAGGAGUAUAAAGAGAAUCUUUGAACUAUUUAUAAGCUACCUGCCACUACUGCACUCCAUUCCUAAUCUUCAUGGUCAAACAGAGACACUGAUGUGACCCCCCCUCCUCCUUCAUGAGCACUGUACCUCUGGACUGUUAGAAACAUGAGGAGCACUCUUACUUUGAAAAUCCUACAUUUAAAAUGUGAAAACAUGUUUUUCUUUCAACAUUUAAAAGCUUUUUUCACCAAAAAAACAUCCACCUGCUGCAUCCGACAUCACAGAUUUAGAGCUUCUGCUGAAACAUCUGUGGAGGCCGAGUGGAACACGGUGGUUGAAGAGCGACCUCCAUCAUCCGGCGCCGCACACGGCUGAUGUUCUGCUUACCUCAACGUCCAAAAACCCCGAACCACAACGUGAGAAUCGUCACUCACCAUUAGUCUUUUAAUCUGUGCUCAUGUGUUCGAUAAUGUUGUAUUUUCUGAUGUUAUGUAUCUGAUGUUCACAUUUAGGAUCCCAAUGUUUAAAAAAUAAAAAUGUAACAAAGUUUAUCAAAGAA